GUUAUAUAUUAUGUUUUGACAUUGACGAAAAAUCAAAAAGUCAUUGAUGUUUCUGUAAUUUUGAUUUUCUUGUAUUUUUAUAAAACAAUGUAAUUAUUGUUUUGCAUUAAAUGAUGAAAGCAAGAUAUCUAACAUUCUUUUCUUACAUUGGUACAAAAUUCAGGUCCUCUGAGAAGAUCUGGCUUAAAGAAGGUCGCAAUUACCCCGAUCCUGAUAGUGUGCAAGGGUCUAUGGAAUUAGCCCUACUUAAAUUAAGACCUCUGAAUUAUCCUAACCUCAUUCUUUCCAGCCGCACAGAUGGUGGCGUUCAUGCACUGAAUUCAAGUGCUCACUUUGACUUGGACAGGAAGGGCGACAACAUCUAUGACCCACAUUACAUCACAUAUGAAAUGAACAAGUUCUUUUUCCACAAUGAACUCAGUAUAUAUGUGAGGAAAUGUUUAAGGGUGAAUGACAACUUCAGUGCCAGGUUCAAUGCUGUUUCUAGAACAUAUUUAUACAGGUUAGCUGUACUGAAACCAGAAGUUGAAGAAGAAGAGAAGGGUGUGAUAGCAUCUUUUAUACCAAUAGAAGAAUGGAAGAGAUGUCACUUUAUUAGAAAAAAAGAGUUUGAUGUCGAGAGAUUCAAAAAAGGAGCUGAACACCUGGUCGGCUAUCACGAUUUUGCUACCUUCAAGAAAUUUGAUAAACUACUACAACAUAAGCACAACAGAAGAGAGAUCAAAUCUAUAGUUGUGAAGCCCGGCCAGCCAUGCACCACUAGCUACACUAACAGUGCUGUAGACAACUGUUUCAACUAUUGGGAUAUUGAAAUCAAAGGACGGUCUUUUGUACAUAAUCAGAUCCGGCGUAUGGUAGGAACUCUAAUAUCUAUAGCCAUUGGAAAAUUGGAACCAGAUGAUAUCAAAGUGAUGCUUCAAGUACCCUCAAAGCACUCCUGGCACACUUUCAUACAGAAUGGCCCACCUGACGGUUUAUACCUUUGUAACGUCGAAUAUAAUCCGGAAGAUCUCAUUUACGACCCAGAAAGAAGUAUAGCCAAUAGUAUAGUUAAUAAUGAAGAACUUGAUUGUGAAUAGAAAGAAUGUAUAUAAAACAGUGAGAAACAAGCAAGCAAAAGUUAGGUAUAUUUACGAUAAUAGUUAUAUUUAACAAGAAUUGACCUAGUCCCAUUUAAGUACUGACUACUAGAAUACUUAUACAAUAAUUUGUGUUGUGUUACAUAUUGUGAAUGACAUGAAAACUUUUAUGUAAAAAUCAGCGGAAAUAAUUCAUUCAGUUAAAUAAAUCAGAUCUAUAUAAAGUUUUCAAAAAAGGACUUAAUGUACAACCUUGACAGACACCAUACAAUUACUAUAUAAACGUUCAAAAUGAGUUUCUUGAAAGAACUAAAAAGGCAAAAAGACAAACUUAAAGAAACAGAAACUGUUGUAACACGUGCAGAUGGAGUGAAAUUCGUAGAAGGAACUGGAACAUUUCUCGAACCAAACGCUUACGGCUUUAUCGUAGACACUAAACCUGAUGAUGUGCCGGUUUUAAUCAGAGAUCAUAUAUAUAUAGGCUCGCAAGAUUGUGCAGUUGAUAGUGUUUUGGAAAAGUUCAAUAUAAGUUGUGUUGUUAGUUUAGGCAUAGAUGUUGAUUUAUCUAAUGUAGAACACAAGUUUGUACCAGUUUUGGAUUUGCCAGAAUCUGAUUUGACACUCGUUUUGGCUGAUUGCCUGCCCUUUAUUAGAAAUUGUGUGGAUAAAAAGUUAAAUGUUUUGGUACAUUGCAAUGCGGGAGUGUCCCGUACAUCAAUGGUCGCGAUUGCAUACUUAAUGCAAUAUGAAAGAAUGGACUUCAGUGAAGCGUACGAUUUGGUUAAGAGUAAAAGGCCGGUAAUACAGCCAAAUGCUGGAUUUAGGAAACAAUUACAAUGUUUACAGCCUGGAAAUGUGUUAAAAAGUAUGUCAAUCGAAAAAUAAAAUACUUGUCAAAGUUUAUAAUUAGUAUUA